CUGGCUGAACAUCACGAACACAGACAACAAAACUCCGUUGGUGAGUCAGAAUACGCAGACAUGCCUCAGAAGCCCUACAAAAUCACCUACGGUACUACGGCUGCACCUCAUGGGGGCAUCCACCAUCGCUAUACCCACACUAGUGACGGCCAAUACGCGCAAGGUGAGGUGUAUGAAACAGUGGCUGCUUAUGUCGCCGAAACCUCGCUGAGUGAGACUCAGUCGCCCUAUAAGUUGGACCUUAAAGGGCUUGAUCACGAUGACGACAGCCGACGACAAUCCGAUACGGAGAACCCAGAAACACAACACGCUCACACGCAAAACAGUCAUGGGCAGACCUACGCUGCUGAACAGGAUUCGGAGUACUCAGACGACCUCAGUUAUCAGUUGGACGAAGUGCACAACAACAUUUCUAAACUCAGAGCGCAUCUCAGCAGGAAACCUUCCGAUUCCGAUACUACACGCGCAGAUGUGUGGCCACCCCCAAACACCGAAUUCGAGUCGCGGGCUUUCGGCAGAACGUCCUCAAAACUACAAUUUAACAAACCCGAUUCUAUAAAUAGCACGUCACGAGCCACACGUACAAAUACGUACACACACACCCAGGGACACACGCAAACCGACGUGACGAAAACGUUUGAUCGAUCAGUGACUGCACCGAUCAGCUCACACCCUCAGGCGCAGACACGAAGCACCACACGACACACACGGAAUACCAACCCAAAUGUACCGACACACUCGCACGAGCCUGCGAGGCCAAGAUUCUCUCAACCCGGCAAGGAGAGGGGUCUGGAUGAUGUACUGGCCAAACUCAACCGCAAGAAAGAUGCUGAGAUCGCUGAUUGCAAGAGAGAGAUUGAAGCCCUCCAGAAAAGAAUGAGCGAGCGCGAGGCUUUGUUCAAGGACCAGAUGAAAGAGGCUAUGGGAUUGGAUCAGUAUAAGACGGCUAUGAAGUAUCGCAAUGACCUGGAUGACCUCAGGGGGAAGCACGACGGUGAGGUGGCGGAGCUAAGAGCUAAGCAAUUGCACCAGAACAGGUACGAUAGAGAAGCACCGAGCGCCCGUCGAAAGGAUGGUCUGGCCUGGACGUCUAGUUGCCCACUCACUACCUCGACUCUCACUCAAUGCAACAGAGUGCAGAUGGAAAACGAUGCAACGAUCCAAGAAUUGACUCAAGAUUUGGAUCAGUUAAGGUAUAACCACGACAGGACGGUAUAUGAAUUGGAGAAGGCAAUAGAACAGGCCACAACAUCACUCGACGCCCAACGGCACAUCUCUGUGGAGCGACAGGGUGAGAAUGAGAAACUGGCAGCGGAGAAUAAAACACUGACACAAGACAGGAAUCUGUUGAGGACGCAGCUGCAGGAGAGUGAAAGCGUGAAAGAUGGCUUGAAGACCCGAUUGGAAACACUAGAGAAAGCCCAUGCGGAUUGUAAUGACACCAUCGCGGCACUCAAAACCGCCUCGGAGACGCUCACAACGGACAACCAAGCCACAUACACCGAAGUGAUGGAGGCACUCCGGGAAGACCUGCUGAACACAGCCAAUCAGGACCACACGCGAUUCAAAAAGAAGAUACUCAAGGAACGGUCCAAGAUGGUCAAGCUAACUGAGGGGUAUCGCAAGCAGUGUCAGCAAUACCUGGAAUCUAUCAGCCGGAAUACAGACACUCGCAAACGGGUCACACUGCCACAGUCACCGCCGCUGCCGCAGGACACUAUACACCAUAAGACCAAGCACGGCAAUCGCAACAAGAACACUAACGAACUUAAUAUAAGCGCACACGCAGACAGGCCGAUGAAUAUUGAGUUUGUUAAGAGUGCGUGACACAGGAUACGUUAUGGAGCACAAGACGUACUGUGCACAUACUAAACGUGGGAGUUGUCUCGAGGACAGAUUUUACACGGACAGGUAACCGCAAGGAGAACACUGACGAACUAAAUAUAAGCGCACCCGCAGACAGGCCGAUGACCAAUGGGUUUGUUAAGAGUGCGUGCGUGACGCAUGAUGAACUACGUUACGGCGCACAAGACAUACACUACACAUGCUUAGCGUGGUGGUUGUCGCGAGGAUAGCUCAUGCAAAGACAGGUCAGCAAGCGAUAGGAAAGUUUGUUCUACACCCACCUGUAUGCAAUUAGUUUACCUCACCGACGAUUAGUGUUCGAUGGGUUUACCCCACGAAGGGCGUGAUAC